GAUUUUCCCGCCUUUUUAUCAUUAUCGGACUAUCGGUGUAUAUCAGUCAGUGACAAUUACUUUAGCAGCAAAGGUUCUUCUUCUCCUGGUUUGUCCUCCACUCCAGAAAAACAUCCUAAAGAUGGGUUAUGGAAAUGGUGUAAUUGGUCAUCAUGAUGAGUACCAAUAUUUGAGACUAGUGCAACAAAUUAUUGAAACAGGUGAUAAAAGAGUGGACAGAACUGGAGUCGGCACUUUAUCCAUAUUUGGUGCUAUGCAGCGAUAUUCUCUCAAGAAUAACACGCUUCCAUUACUUACUACUAAGCGCGUAUUUACCAGAGGCGUCAUUGAAGAGUUACUCUGGAUGAUAUCCGGCUCAACUGAUUCGAAGGCUCUUAAUGCUAAAGGAGUACAUAUUUGGGAUGCCAAUGGAUCUCGAAGCUUUUUAGACAACUUAGGAUUCACUGACAGGGAAGAAGGAGACCUCGGACCGGUUUAUGGCUUUCAGUGGAGACAUAGUGGAGCUGAGUAUGUAGAUGCAAAAACUGACUACACUGGAAAAGGAAUAGAUCAGCUAAAAAAUGUUAUUGAAACAAUAAAGAACCGGCCAGCUGACAGAAGAAUGUUAAUAUGUGCAUGGAAUCCAUCAGAUCUAAGCAAGAUGGCUCUACCUCCAUGCCAUUGCUUAGCUCAGUUCCAUGUAUCAAGUGGCAAGCUGUCUUGUCUGCUUUAUCAAAGGAGUGCUGAUAUGGGGCUGGGUGUUCCUUUCAACAUUGCCAGCUACUCAUUCCUCACUCACAUGAUUGCCCACAUCACAGGAUUAGAGCCUGGGGAAUUCAUCCACACUACAGGCGACACUCAUGUGUAUUUAAACCAUAUAGAACCCUUGAAAGUACAACUGCAAAGAGUACCUACUCCAUUCCCCACAUUGGAAUUUGCUCGGAAGAUUACUUCCAUUGAUGAUUUUAAGUAUGAAGACUUCAUUAUCAAGGGAUAUAAACCUCAACCCAAAAUUGAUAUGGAAAUGGCUGUUUAGAACUUAGGUGAUAAACCUAUUACAAGAUUGAAAAAGUAUUAUCACACGUUACAAUAUGUUGUAUACAGGGUUACUGGUAAGUAGACCGCAUCCUUUCAUGAGGUGAUAGUAUAGGUCAAUACGGACAAAUUUGACCAUAGGAUACACUGGGCAAAAGUUAACC